AUGGACACCAACCAGGCAUCUCCCAUCUAUGCACAGGGGAUCACUCACCCCCUGCUACCACCCUUGGGUGGACCGAAUCCUGUAUUACCUCCAGAGCUGACACCGGAGGAGAAGACUGCGGUCCUUACCCAGCUCAGAUGGACGAGAUAUUCCCAGAUCGGCAUGGAGAGCUGUGCGUUCAAGACUCUUGCGAGCGGGACUAUCGGCUUCGGUCUUGGUGCAUUCAUCUCCCUCAUGUCCGCUUCUCUCCAAUACGAAGACCCUAUCCUGCGUCAACAAUCUGCAGCAGGACAAGCACUCAGCUCAGGACAAAAGACGCUCGAGGUGUUCAAGGAGAUGGGUCGGGGGAUGUGGCGGAGUGGGAAGGGGUUUGGCAAAGUUGGCGCUCUGUAUGCCGGGUCGGAGUGUGUGAUCGAGAGCUAUCGUGCUAGGAACGAUAUGACCAAUGCCGUGGCUGCGGGGUUCGUAUCCGGCGCCAUCCUGGCCGCGAGCUCAGGCCCCAAAGCAGCGUUUGGAGGUGGACUGGCGUUUGCAGCAUUCUCUGCUGCUAUCGACAUGUUCAUGCGGAGAGAAACAAAAGAGUGA